AUGGCCAUAUCUCUGGGGUCGAGACACGCUGCGGAUGAGGAGGCCCGCGCCGAGGUUGAGGUGCUCAACUCGAGGCUCGAGAAGACUACCCAGUUGACUAAGAAGAUUCAAUCGUCCCUCGGCCGCCUCGAGUCCAGUGGACGAAGCGUUCAGGAUGCCGUCGGGCCCCUUUUUGGCAAUACUCAAAAGCUCCAAACUCUGGGCACCAAUAUCGAUGCGGUGCUCUCAGCGAUCGAUCGGAUCAGACAACCCUCAGAUAUUAAAAGUAAUGAGGAAGAAAUCAUUCGGAAGGGGCCAGAAGAGGCAGGCCUGGCCGCUUUUCUCAGUUCGAUGAAGCGUGUCAAUAAAGCGCUCUCAGAGAUGCAGCAAACGAACCUCCGAUCGAAUCAACAAGCGGCCGCCGACCUAGGCAGGCUCCUCAAGUCCGGCAACACGCAAUUAGAAGGCCACUUUAAAAGAUUACUGCAAGAAGACUCUAUGCCGGUCGAGCCGCUACACUAUAUCACCAAGGACAAACCUUUCCCGGUACUCUCCCAGGAUACAACCACUCGCCUAGGGCUCAUGAACUCCUUUAUAGCUUCAUCCACGCGACAGUCUAGUAUCUCGGGGGAAUCGCCGAUAGUACAGGCAUAUGCAAGCGUCCGCGGUCCAUACCUCACAUCCACACUACAAAACCUAGCGUUUGCGUCGGUCAACACGGCGAGAAAGCAAACUCCUGAUGCUGUCUAUAGGCAAGGAACAAACGGUAUGGGGACAUAUGCACGAGGGAUGGAAGGGAUUUUCCUAGCUGAAUACGACAAUAUAUGUUCCUUGUUCUCUCGAGACGAAUUCGGCAGGGUCCUAAAUUUGACUUGCCAGGGAGCUAUCUCAGAGCUUGCAAGAACCCUCCGGGAGCUGAACACACACAUCAAAGCCAACCUCACCACCGAUUGCUACCUUGCGUACGAAAUUAUUGAAAUUAUGUCUAAUCUAUCAUCCAACUUGGAUAGUAGGACAGGGGAACUAAAGCCUUCUUUUGCGGCGGCACUCAAACCUAUACGGGAAACGGCGAAGUGGUCACUGGGCGAACUGCUGGAGGAUACCCGCCGGCGUAUAAGCGCCACGGUGAACAUUCCACUAGAUGCCGCUGCCGUACCUAUAACAUCCGAGACAAUGACCCGGCUGCAGACCAUGGCCGAUUUCUUACGUCCUAUCUCGAGCAUCAUGAUCUCCUUAGGUGAUGGGGGCUGGAAGUCAGGCGGAUCCAGUAACGCUUCUUCGGAUCAAAUUCCCAGUCUCAGCUCCUUCGAUAUCGGAGCGGAUGGCAAACAGAUCUUUGCGCAUUAUAGUAUGGAUACCAUUGACACACUCCUCAAUACACUCGAACAAAAGGCCAAAUCGACCCUGCAGAAAACAAAGUCCACCAUCGGUGUCUUCAUCGCCAAUAACGCUACUAUCGUCGAUCGCAUGAUUCGAAAUUCGGACCUCCAACCCUUACUCUCCCCUCGCAUGGCGGAUGUCGAAAGAUGGCGAAAGACCGGUACCCAGAUGUAUACGAUGGCAUGGCGCGAACCAUCUACCCAUCUCCUCGAUGUCCAAUACACCAACCGGGGUUCACAACGGCCGCCCUCGGGUUCCGCAGCGGCCAUUGACUCGGCAGCUAUCCUGAAGGGUCUUAGCAGCAAAGACAAGGAUGCUAUCAAAGAUAAAUUCCGACUCUUCAACGCUAGCUUUGAUGAUCUGGUAGCUAAGCAUAAGAGUUUGAGCAUGGAGAGAGAGGUGCGCGAGACCCUUGCGCGGCAGCUGCAGCAGAUGAUCGAGCCAUUGUACGGUCGAUUCUGGGAUCGGUAUCAUGAAGUCGACAAGGGGAAGGGGAAGUAUGUCAAGUACGACAAGGGCAGCAUCUCGGCGGUGUUCCUGAGCCUUGGAUAG